GAAGAAUCAAGGAUGGAAUGCAAAACACAACACAAGAGACGCGGAAGAGGAGGCUAUGGUGGGUUUGGGAGAAUCAAAUCAAACUAACCCACCCUUGGAUUGAUUGAUAAUACAGGCGUUAUCGCCAAUCUGCUUUUCUUCUUCUUCUUCUUCUUGGUUUUCAUCUGCUCUGUUUCAGUGGUGGUUGGGGAAAUCGAAUUGGAAUUGGAGGGAAGGGGAGAUUGGCUGUUGUGCAGGGUUGUGUGGCUGCUGCGCAGUUACCCUUCCCAGAGCAGUAAAAUUGGCAGAGUUUUGUAGCUGCGGGGAGAGAAGAGAAGAGAAGACAUUGGGGCCCCAUUUGGAGGAAACCAGGCAGAAUUGAAAAUUAUUUCUUAAUUAUCCACCAAUGUUUCCUCUCAUUUUCCUCUGGAAAAGCCAGCUGCCGCUCAUGCUCGACUAGUAUAAACAAUUGCAGCCCCUCCGCCAUGGCAAAUUCCUCUGAUUUCCGACAUCUAUUUUGCGCUGUUGCAGGUUAACCUCGGCGAGAAUCGAACGGGAAUUGACGAGAAAUGAUGAUGGAUUUGUCCUCGAUGACGAUGGACGACGCCGUGGAGGAGGUGAUGCGAAUCCAUAGAUCGUUGCCGCCCCGGCCGGGAAUCGACGAGGUUGUGGCGGCGCGAACCUUAAUCCAGAAUGUGGAGAGAGAAGAUCAGCUGCGACUCGAGGCAAUCGCGAAGCAAACGAGGAGCAUAGAUGUCCCCGAGGAAUUGUUCAGAAUCUUACAGGAGAUGCAGCGGAACAUGAUCCAUUUCCAGAGCAAGGAACAGCGGCGAGAGGCGGAGAAGCUCCUGGAUCUCGAAGGCGUCCACCUCGUGUUCGACGAUUUGAUUCAGAGAGCUUCCGAAUGCAUCAAGUACUCCUACUCCCGCACUCCCCAAUCCCGUCCGGCCAAACCAAGCACCCCCUCCCCAGGAACCUCCAAUCCUGGUUCAACUUCUGCCGCCUUCUCCCCCAGCAGUUUGAGCUCUGCUGUUCAGGCGGCCUCCAAAUCUCAAUCGCCAUUGCCGAUGGCUUCUUCGAGUUUCUACAACGAUGACAGCGCUGCUGUGAGGGGUUCAAAGACCUAUACAUCCAAGGACGAUUCUUAUUUGAAAACGAAGCCAUCUUUUCAUGGUGAUGGUGGGGUUGUCCCGUUUGGCGUUCGAUCCAAGGAUGUUUUUGCUGCGCCGCAAAUUGUCGAUCCCACUCUUAAGCCGCCUGCAACUUUCGAUGAAGGCGAUCAGAAACUGAGCUUAAUAAAGCUAGCCAGUCUCAUUGAAGUGUCUGCCAAGAAGGGAACUCGAGAGCUUCUCCUCUCCGGUAAAUUCUCCGAUCAGGUUGAAUGGCUUCCAGAUUCAAUAGGAAAGCUGUCGAGUUUGAUCACCCUGGAUCUAUCUGAAAACAAGAUUUCAGUGUUGCCUGACACCAUAGGACGGUUAUCAUCGUUACAAACCUUGGAUUUACAUGGCAACAAAAUUCAGGAACUGCCUGAAUCAAUUGGGGGUUUGCUCAGCUUGCUUCAUCUCAAUCUCCGAGGAAACCAGUUAACCUCUUUGCCUGCGAGCAUCGGCCAAUUAGUCCGUCUUCAGAAGCUCGAUUUGAGCUCCAACGGGCUUACAGCACUUCCAGAGUCGAUCGGAUUGCUCGAACAGCUCCAGAUAAUGAACAUCGAAACAAAUGACAUAGAGGAAAUUCCUCACACCAUCGGGCGUUGCGCAUCUCUGAAGGAGCUUCACGCAGACUACAACCGUCUCAAAGCACUCCCCGAAGCAGUGGGACGGAUUCAAUCGUUGGAGAUUUUAACCAUCCGUUACAACAACAUUAAACAGCUGCCCACCACCAUGGCAUCCCUUUCGAGCCUAAGGCAGCUCGAUGUUAGCUUUAAUGAGAUCGAGUCCAUCCCCGAGAGCCUGUGUUUCGCAACAACGCUUGUGAAGUUGGACAUAAGCAACAAUUUUGCAGAUCUGCAAUCCCUGCCGAGGUCCAUAGGAAACCUUGAGAUGCUGGAGGAAUUGCUGUGCCAUAACAACCAGAUAAGAGUCCUUCCCGAAUCUUUUGGAAUGCUAAACCGGUUACGUGUGUUGAAUGUUGAGGGGAAUCCUUUGGCAAUCCCCCCGAGGGAUGUAAUUGAGAAAGGAGCACAGGCCGUCGUCCAUUACAUGGCUGAGAUCGGAGUGCAAAAGGACACGAAGCCACAGCCCGCGAAGAAAAAGAAACCUUGGGCUAACUUAUGGUUCUUCUCAAAAUCCAACAAACGAAAGCGCAAUGGUUUGGCAUCCACAAAAGCCUGAUUGGCAGAAGCAGAAGUGCAGAAGGGGUUAGUUUGGCAGAUUGGUGUGGACAGAGGAACUAACAAUGGAUUGAUUUCAGAUAUGGCUCUGAUCCUUCCUUGUUGGUUUUUAACAUAUUGUAGAUUCGUCAUUCUUCUUUUUGUUUUGUAUUCUUGUUUUGGUUCUAAUCUGGCCUCUUCCUGCUCCUGCUGUUGCUGUUGUUGUCUUCUGAUUGAUAUAUAUAUAUCUGAAACUCCAUGAGCAUGAGCAUGAACAUGAACGAACAGCUACAAUUCAGCAAAACGACAUAUUUACCACUGUUA